CUGAAGAUUAUGUAGUUGAAGAAGAAAAGCCUAUGAGUCAGGCAGCAGAACCAGCCCAGGAAUGUGACGAUAAUGAAGUGUUUGCAGAUGUGAACCAGAACAAUGGCACCUCAUCCAAGGGCACGGCGGUGACUGACUCCACAAGCGCAGAAGACCCCCAGAAUAAUUGGGAUGAAGCCAACUCGACUGACACUCGCCCACAUUUGGUCCGCCUCUUUUCCCGAGAUGCUCCAGGAAGGGAGGACAACACCUUCAAAGAUCGGCCUUCUGAGUCAGAUGAGCUUCAAACCAUCCCAGAAGACAGUGGAACAACUUCAGACACGGAUUUGAUGGCUUCUCAGAAACUGUCCCGCCACGGAUCAAAGCCAAUGGCUUCAGCAAGCACUUCAGACCGUUCUAGAUAUGGCCAUGGAGCUCACAGCAGAUACAGAGACACAGGCCUUCUUGACUCACUGGGCAGGUUCUUUGGAGGUGACAGGCAUGUUCCAAGGAAGGGAAAGGGUAAGGAUGUUCAUCUGUCUAGAUCUCUGUCCAGAUCCGGCUACCUCUCAUCCUCUCCCCAGAGGGCUUACUAUCAUGGCCAUGGUAGAUAUACUGAUGAAAACCCAGUUGUCCACUUCUUCAGGAACAUUGUGACACCCAGGACUCCACCCCCUUCUCAACCAAAGAGAGGAUUGUUCCCCGCCAGAUUUAGCUGGAGUGGAGAAGGGCAUAAGACUUGCUAUGGAGGAUCCAGUCCAAGGUACUAUGAACACCACAAAUCACCCCACAAGGGAUACAAGGAUGCACACCGAGAUGGUCAAGGAACCUUGUCCAGGAUCUUUAAACUGGGAGGAAGAGACAGCCGGUCAUCUUCUCCUAUGUCCAGGCGCUGAAGCUACCAAGACGUCUACCCAAAGUGAUAUAGCUCGCCUCGUAACCUGAAGUGCCAUUACCAAUAACACUACUACUAUUCAUAACACUGAUAUACAUAUAAACAAUCUGUCACUUAGAGCCAAUGAGCUGUGACUGCAGAUAAUAAUUUGUGUCACCAGUACCAGAUAAAUAAAAAUGAUAAAAAGGAAGAUGGAAAACAUAGUGAUGGACCCUGCUGUCUGCAUUCUAAUACAAUAUUAAUCAUAAUACAAAGUCAAUUCUACAUGUGAACCAAGAUGUUAUAACAGCGACCACUAUAAGGUUCAAUAUGUUGCCUGGCCAGACAACACGGAAGAUCAACAAACAGAUGAUUAAUCAGCAAUAUUUAUCUUUUUGAGGACAUUUUCAGUUUGCUUUUUGCUGCUUUAAGUUGAUAUAUAGGUGCAUUUUAUUAUUAUUAUUUUUUUUGUAACAUCCAUUCUCUCUCACAUGCAUGUUUUUCUUUCAUACUAGGUAGAGACAGCAGUUGGAGAGGGUUGUGGGGUAAAAGGGUAAUUUUCUGCAAGUGAAAAGGGGAAAUGGUGAGUUCAUAGAUUUCUUAUAAGAUACAAGGCAUAGGAAACUUAAACUAGAAGCUCUGUCCUUGCCAUAAUAUGGGAGGAGAGAAACAGUGAGAGAGACUGGGUAUUUUAGGACGUACCGAGCUAUCCUGAGUACUGGAUACACACACAGAGCUUACUGCUUACACUUGGAGCUUGUCACAACAUAGGCUCAGAUCUAUAGUCUACAAACAUUAUGCAAGCAAGGCAAGUAAAGAGCAAGUGAUUCAGUAACCUUCUGAAACUGAUACACUGGUAUAGUGUUGCCUUGCAGAAAUAUACUUAGACUAACGAUCGUAGUUAAAUUGAAACAUUUAACCGACUACUACAAAUGACAACAUCUCUAUAGCGAGGGCACUGGUAAACAGUGGUGCACCAAACAGCUCUUCUGAAUUGCACUGUUUUAUCUUCUGUAAUGAAGUAAAAA